GAAUUGCCCUCUCUUUCCGGUUCCGGUUCCCUCGUCGCUCGGAGAAGUUGCUACGUGUCUUUCUGAAAGCCUUCGCUGGUCGUUGAGGAGUCAGAGCGUCGCGGAGAAAGUCGGAAGGAAGUUCGCCAUGGAUCAAGUAAUGCAGUUUGUGGAACCCAGCCGCCAGUUUGUGAAAGACUCCAUCAGACUUGUUAAAAGAUGCACAAAGCCAGAUAGGAAAGAAUUCCAGAAGAUUGCCAUGGCUACAGCAAUAGGUUUUGCGAUAAUGGGAUUUAUUGGAUUCUUUGUAAAACUAAUCCACAUUCCAAUCAACAACAUCAUUGUGGGUGGCUGAAUCCUUCACGGAGUCUUAGUAUUGGAUAUGUCAUCACACGAGAAGCUUUCUGGCUUUAAAUCAUCUUUUAUUGUUUGUCAGUAUAAACCAGUUUUUAAAGAACAACUGUUGCGGCAUUCUGUUUAGUUAAUACAAGCACAUCUUGAUACA